UUAGGCGCACGUCUGGAAGUCUGGUGUGCACAGGUAUCAUCAUGACCUUGUCAUGCUUAACAGCAUACUGGCGGGCGACUGGUAACUGGGACGCUUAAUUGUGGCAUUGGGUUAGUGUACCAUUAACCUGCGUCCAGUGCACUAUAUAAAGGCUCUGGCGAUCUGAAGAGCUAUUGUGUCAGUUUAGCAGUCGACAGGACAAAACGUUGAAAAUAUACUCUACUCAAAUGUCUGCUAUGUUUACGAAGAUUUUGUUGUUUGCCGCGUUUUUCGCUCUGGCCAGCGCAGCCCUGUUGCCUCGCAAAGCGGCCAACAGCGAAGACACCUUCGAUGCACAUCCUCGCUACUCCUUCGGUUAUGAUGUACAGGAUGCGGUGAGCGGCGAUGUCAAGUCACAGCAGGAAACACGGGACGGCGACUUAGUGCAGGGCCAAUAUUCACUGAACGAUGCGGAUGGCUAUCGGCGCAUUGUGGACUACACGGCAGAUGCAAAGCGUGGCUUCAGCGCUGUGGUGCGACGUGAGCCUCUGAAUGCCGCGGCACCAGUCGCCAAGCAACUGAAAGUGGCUGUGCCAAUGCCCAAACUGCAGCCAGUCCAGCCAGUGGUGGUUAGAAGCUAUGUCGCACCCACAUUGAUACACCAUGCGCCCGUGGCACAUGUUGUUCACGCAGCCCCCGCACCCACCAUUGUGUCUCACCACGUGCCAGGCCUGUUGAAAUCGCCGAUACAUGUUGCCCAUCCUCAAACCAUUUCAUAUGUGUUCCAGCACUAGAUAGUGGGAGAGAAACUAAGUCUGAUGUCAUACAUUUUAUUUUAAUGCCUUUUUAAAUAAACUCGAUUUUAAAGGAAUUGAAUUGUAUAGU